UUUUCCCAGACUUCUCUCGGGGCUGUGAAUGUCAAGGGUUCACUUUCAUAUGUGGUUGAGCUUGAGCGCCUGUAUAGCACACCACCUACCGAAAUAGCCGGUUCACGCUGGUCAACACUUCUCGGUCUUGUUGCUACCCUUAUCUUGCAGUACCACCUUGGAAACCUACGAACGGCAGUAUCUCAGAAGACUCCAGGUGUGGAGAGGGCGUCACGUACCUUGCAAGCGGUCAAUAAAACGUAGGAUGAGGCACCUUUCGUUGAAGGAUGCGCUUCUGCCCCAGCCGCCAAGUUUCUGCAAGAAGCAACUCUAUGAAGUCCACGAAGUUUUGGGUACGGGAACUUUUGGAAAGGUGGUGAGAGCAACCUGGACAGUUCCACCAGAUUUGAUAGAGGUCGCGAAGUCGGGAGCGGCCGCAUCGCCUAGUACCUUCGGCCAUCCUCGUGGUUCAAGCUCGAUACCCAUCUUGCAUCCUCACUUACUCCACCAUGGGCAACGCACGCCAGGAUCUCCUGGGUCGUCCUCUUCUGCAUAUUCAGAGAAGAACGCUGUAACUACCAAGGAGGUGGCUCUGAAAGUCAUUCCGAAGAAGAAGGUAAAGGGAAACGAAGAGGCUGUCUGGGGGGAGAUGGAAAUGUUGAAAGGCCUCGACCACCCCAAUAUUGUCAAAUUUUACGAGUGGUUUGAGUCAAGAAGCAAAUACUAUCUCUCAUUUGAGCUCGCGGUCGGCGGCGAGCUAUUUGAGAGGAUCAUCCAACGAGGCAAAUUUACCGAAAGCGACGCCGUCGUUGUUGUACGUUCAAUUUUGUCCGGCGUGAAGUAUCUACACGACCAUGAUAUAGUACAUCGUGACUUGAAACCGGAGAACAUUCUGUAUCGAACUAAGGACCCUAACAGUGAUGUUGUAAUUGUUGACUUUGGAAUUGCAAAACAUUUGCAUUCCUCCACCGAGCAACUACAGUCUUUGGCUGGAAGUCUUGGCUAUGUAGCACCAGAAGUAUUAAACCAUUUGGGGCAUGGGAAGGCUGUGGAUAUUUGGUCGACUGGAAUUAUCACAUAUGUAUUACUUUGUGGCUAUACUCCCUUCAGGUCAGACGACCCCAAAGAAAUUAUUAGGGAGACCACAGACGCGAAGUUUGAGUUUCACGAAGCUUAUUGGAGCAAGGUAUCCAGCGAAGCGAAAUCUUUCAUUAGGCUCCUGCUUAACCCGGACCCCUCGAAGCGACCAACUGCCGAAGAGGCCCUCAAUCACCACUGGCUAACGGCUUACGAGCCGUCCACGGACCACGACCUUGGUGCAGGACUACGUGAGAACUUCAACCCCCGCAAGCGGUGGCGUUCAGCUAUCACGUCAGCGCGAGUGCUGGCCCGCCUUGGUAAAGUUGCGAAUUCACGCACGAGGGGGUCUAGUGUAUCAAGCGCAGGCAGUGGCGGGUGGGGUGAGGAUCAUACCAGAGGUGAAGAUCCUCGGGAUAAUAACAAGGCUGGAGCUAGCAAUGCAGAAGACGCACGUGAAGUCUCCCAAGCUCUGCAAAAGCUGUCUAUUGGCAGCGAAGAUCCUGGUUCCAACGACAACAUUAAGAUCACUUGUCCGGACGAAGACCUGGUGGGUGGCCAGCGUAAGGCAGAAGAUUCCACGACCUUGGAUUCUUCCAGUGGGCCCGACGAGCCCAGUGUAAAGGAAACUGUGCCGAAUUGUAAUGAUCAAAUUACCGAGCUCCAUCCCGAGCGGUCUACAGUUCAGCCUAGCGAGGUGACCCCUAUUUCCGCACCUUCCUCAGCUCUUCAGACAGAAAGGCGUAGCCACGACGAGUUGAAGAUGCCUGGCAGUUUUUACGUCGCGGAUGGAACAUGGGAGAAGAGUAUUUGGCAGCGCGGAGGGGGCCGUACUUCGUCAUUACGGGACUUCUUCCAAAAGCUCGGCUUGUAGAGUUUAGCUUUCAUAGUCACAUCGUUU